CAAACGGGGUCUGCAACACUCUGGGGUUGGCCGCAGAGCGCGCGAGGAGAGGAAGAGAGAGGGAGAGCGAGGAGAGGACCGGGGGACACGACGACAGCAGCAGCCAGAGACACAGACGCAGACGCAGCCCGUAAUCCGCACAGCCCACGCAGCCACGCAGCCAUGGCCUCGCACCUGGAGCUGCCCUUCCGGGAGGACCGCCAGCUCACUGAGGUGAUGCGUCUGCGGGUGCAGUCGCUGCAGCAGCGCGGGCAGAAGCGGCAGGACGGCGAGCGGCUGCUGCAGCCCCACGAGGCCGUCUACCGCCUGGACUUCUCCCAGCAGAACCUGCGCUUCGCCCGCUGGACCAUCCGCCUCUCCGCCCCGGGGAAGCUCACCAUCACUGGCACCUCGCAGCACUGGACCCCAGACCUCACCCACCUGAUGACUCGGCAGCUGCUGGAGCCUGCCGGGCUGUUCUGGAAGACCCCCGAGGAUGGCCCGGACGCCCCCGUCAAGUGCUACGAGGCGGACGCCCAGGAGUUCGGCGAGAGGAUAGCCGAGCUCGCCAAGAUCCGGAAGGUCAUGUUCUUCCUGUUCGCCUUCGAGGACGGCCUCGACAGGGACAACAUCGACUGCUCCAUAGCCUUCAAAGCCGCCCAGAAGAGCUGAAGUGUCUCAGAGCACAGAGGUACUUGGAAGAUUCCCUCAAGCAAGGUUAGGCCAGUCUGCACUCUACUCCCGUGAUCAAAAGUUUGUCUCUUUCUUUACCUUCCAAUGCCUGCCUACCUGAACUGUGCCUCUGAGUGCAUGUCUACAGCAGAACUAAG